CAAUCGCAGCCGCUAGUACUAAAGUUGACAGGUCCAGACGGCAUGGAGUGACGUCUGUCAGGGGUGGUUGCGAUGAACUGCUGUAGGUUGCGUGCAGGGUUCUGACAAUCGAUUUUGACUAAAAUUUCCAAAAGGUCCAGAUCUCCGUUCUCCGAAUACCUGCUGAUGAAGAUCUACCCCUCACGCACAGUCUCCGACAAAGUUUGGAUCGUACGAUUUUAGCACACAAUUUAGCACAAAUGUCCAUCAUCUGUCAAUCGGGUGAGAGCUGUGAAUAUCGCUCUGCGUGUGCUGUUUGUUAAAUUUGAUUGUUGGUGGCGGCGGCUUGCAAUUCUUUUCCCUCUUUUGAAUGCAUUUACGACGGGAAGCAUCACUGUAAGAAGAAAAUUCGGAAAGGCACGCGUAUCACCCGAAUCGUGUGUUUGUGGUCUAUCGAGUUAACAUGUCAAACGGCGACGAUGUUCUGGACAAUUGGGAAGAAAUUGAUGACACCAGGCUGAACAAUCAGAUUCAUCAGAUACGACGAGAAAUUGACAUCUCAACAGUAGUACCACUUCCGAAUGGUUUACAACGAAUGGUUAUUCCGCCUGAUGAUUUCUACGGCAACAGCUACACACAGCCGCCGAAACCGGCCGUUACGAUCCUACGUAGGCCAACACAGCAAUCAAACGAUGCAAAAUCGAGCGAAGUUAAACCUAAAGCUCCCAUAAAGACUCUACAGCAACGCGAACAGGAAUACGCAAAAGCAAGACUGAGAAUCUUAGGAUCCGCUAAGAAUCCUGAAGAUGAGCUAGAGAGUGCGAUAUCGCAGGUCAUGGUCAACUCAGUACGAUCUCCUUCGUCUAGCGAGAUCAUAGAUCCGAACAGCGAUCGGACAGCAGCACCAACAAUUAGCGAUAAACUCCUACAGCCUAGCACAAACCUGAAUAAUCAUCAAAUACGAAAUUCUGAAGGUAUUAUACGAAUGCCGCGCGGGCCGGAUGGCACCUCAGGUUUCACCUUUCGACGGUAAUGUUGAUGUUGUGCGAAAUAUCUUCCAGAACAAGAUGAAUAAAACCAACCAUCAAAAUAGUUUUCAUUUGUAUAAAACGAAUAAAAAACGGAGAAGAAAACAGCGAACUGUCUAAAGAGUUUGUACAUGUGUAAAGAUAAAUUGAAGAAAAACAAAUGUUGAGGUGUUUCUUUUCGGCUUCCGAGUAGCUUUUACCCCGGUUACACAAAUAAUAUGGAAAUAAAAUGGAAUGCUUAUUUACCGACCUCGAGUCGCAUAUACAUAUAUUAGAAUAUUAUUUAUUUAUAACAUAGUUCAAAAUUGCGUGCUAAUGAUUUCAAUGCAUUACUCCAUAUUUUUCUCUCAUUGAUUUUUGAUUUUUAUAUCUGCAUACAAGCCAACGUCUACACAUACGAUCUGUUGAACCUUUUUCGUUCUUUUUCCCCCUUUCACUCGCUAUUGUUAUUUUGUAGGUUUUAAGAAUUUCAAUUUUAAAAUUUUAAUUGAAAAGAAAAGCGGAAAAAUAUUAUUGUGUAGUAAUGCGGACGAUCAGAGAGCACGACGCACUCUUUAUUUAAGUUAGAAAAUGAGAACAAUCUAAAGUGUUUUUGUAGUUGUUUUCAUCAUGAAAAUAUGUACCCAUAGAUAGGAAUUUUACGAAAAUAAACUAAUUUUUUAUAUAAAAGCA